AUGCGAAUUGCCAUCCCCGAGCCUUCCCUCCCCAUCAUCUCUGUCGCCGAGCACAAGUCUGUCCACUCCCUCGCCAAGGCUCUCUACGACUCGUGUACUGCGGAGGGAUUCAUCUACGUCUGCGACCAUGGCAUCCCUCAAGAGGUCAUUGACAAAGCGUUUGCCAUUUCUGCGGGCUACUUUGACGGCGAGCUCGAGGACAAGGUCCACCUCAGUGUAGACAUCAAGAAUAACACUGGUUACACUGCAAUUCGCCAGGAAAGCUCUGGCGACCUCAAGGAGCUCUUCCACUUUGCCGACGGUCACUGGCGCACCGUCAACGGGGUGAAGCAGCAGAACCUUCCUGCCGCCCUCGAGGCUGCUCGUGCCGACCUCGACACAUUUGUGGAGUACACCAAUGCCCUCGCUGCCCGGUUGUUGGAGGGUUUGGCGGUGGCACUGAAGCUCCAGUCUGACUUCUUUACCAGCCAGCACACCGGCGAACUCAACCGCAUGCGGAUGCUCCACUACCCACCAGUCCCCAACGACCACAAGGACCUGGACCCCACCCAGGCUGAUAUUCGUGCGGGCGCCCACACCGACUAUGGUUCCAUCACCAUCCUCUUCCAGCACCUCGUCUCAGGUCUGCAAGUCAGACGCAAUGGCUCCUGGGUGGACAUUGCGCCUAUGAAAGGUUGCGUCGUGAUAAACAUUGGCGACGCGCUCGAGUUUUGGUCUGGCGGUUUGUUCAGGUCGACUCUGCACCGUGUGGUGAUGCCUCGUUCUCAAGCGGAGCUCGCUUCCAGAUACUCCAUUGCCUACUUUGUCCACCCGGACAACAACAGUGUGCUCGACGCGGUCAUGGACGGAUCCAACGGGGUGCUUCUGGACCGUUUCAUCGUUAGCAAGGGCCUUCCCCCUGGCACCAGGCGCAUCAGUGGCGGCGACUAUGUCCAGCACCGUCUCAAUGCAACUUACGAUGCCGUCAAGAAGUAG